AUGCAGUUGUCGCACGAUACACGCUCCCUUCAGGCCCGCCACCUCGCCUUCGUGAAGAGGCAGCUCGCGGACACGCAGAGUUCGGACGGGUUCAAGGACGGGCAUUAUCCGACGUUCUAUGGCGGUGACUUUAGCAAUGGCGAUCCUCUGGAUGACUCCGUCUUACUUUGGACACGCGCCGCUCCGCUGGGCCACCCAGAAGAAAGUAUCCCCCUCUGCGUCUCCUUCAAGAUCUUCGACAACCCGGAGCUGCGUGGACACCCUCUCGAUGCGGGCGACGCGUUCACAAGCUACGACGUCGAUUUCACGCUCAAAGUGGAAGCUACAAACCUCAAGCCCGAUACAACGUACUGGUUCCAGUUCGCCGAUUGCACGGACCCGAAGUCGGUCAGUCCGGUAGGGAGGACUCGGACCCUCUCCAGGCCCGAUAGCUACUUCAACGCGUAUGGUGUCGCUGCUCACAAUACCUCCACGGAUAUUUUGGUGCAUCUCGGUGACUAUGUAUGUCGUAUGCGGUCGCGACGAGCUGCUAUCGGACGCGAGACUCUUGGACGGGAGUUGGCGACGAUUGAAGAUUACCGGGGGCGGUUGAGCCAGUACAGGACUGACGUCAGCUUAGUGUUUGCACACCAGAAUGCACCUUGGAUUACUGAUGACCAUGAAGUCGCAGACCAAGCUUGGAAGGCUGGCACAGCCGACAGCAACGACACCGCUGUCGGCUGUAGCUUCUCCCCUUCUGGCGCGUGCUUCACCGACCGGAAGCUCGCCGCCGUCAGAGCCUACCACGAAUGGAUGCCCAUCAGGCAGGUCGACCCGGACGACAAGCUCCGCGUGUGGCGUAACUUCCAGAUCGGCAAGCUAUUGGAUCUCACUAUGCUUGAUACCCGUCAAUACGAUCGUGAUAUCACGGAUGUGAUCAUUGACUCGAUCGCCGACGAAAAGGAUCGCUCGCUUAUGGGGGCACCUCAGGAGGCUUGGUUCUACAACACAUUGUCAGCCUCCAAGCAGCGGGGUGCUAUCUGGCGCAUCGUUGGCCAACAAAUCGUAUUCUCGCAAAUUGAUCUGACGACAGGCUUUGACGAUGCCUGGGAUGGCUACCGCGCCAACCGCAACCGCGUUCUCGACUACCUCUACGACAACGAGAUCACCAACACGAUCAUCCUGGCAGGUGAUUCACACGCCAAUUGGGCCAGCGACCUCGCCCCAGUGUCGUCUACGUCUACCUUUGGUGCUGGUAUUCUGCCGGAUGCCGCUAACGAUAUCUCGCGCAACUACGUGCGAGAUAACGUGGACCUGCAGUGGAGCGAAGGCUCGUACCGUGGCUUCUUUACGCUCACCCUCAAUACAACGACUGCCACCGCGACGUACUACGCUAUGCGGAACGUCAGUUCCGCCAACCUCGAUGCGUUCGCUAGCGCGACUUUCGUCGUCAAGUCAGGCGAAAACAGAUUGUCUCGCCCUGUUGCUAGUGGCCGAGUCAACGCAGGCGUCCUCAAGGUUCAAGGGUGA